ACUGUUGGAAUCCCCUGCUGACCUCCAAACCAACCCACACUUGCACGUGUCGCUGACCCUUCUCUCUGUUGCCACAUUCUCCACCGUUCAAAGCCCGCCAUGGAUCUUCUUUACACAGCUUCUUCGUUCCUGGCCCUACGUUCCACCCACACUCUUCGCUCCCGAUCCAUUACCCCUCUACCCACUCGCAGACGACUCUUGGACGUAAGGGCGAGUCUGCCUUUUCUGAUUCAGAAAGGGAAGUAUUACAGAGAGCUCGAAGCUGCCGUGGACGUCGUGGAGAGAGCUUGCCGUCUUUGUGUGGACGUGAAAUCAUCUUUGUUCUCGAGUGAUGGACGAAGCUUUGAAAAGAAUGACCAGACUCCAGUCACGGUAGCAGAUUUCGGGGUGCAGGCUCUGGUUAGUUUGGAAUUGGGUAAACUGUUCCCUUCUAUUCCUUUGGUGGCUGAAGAAGACUCUUCUUUUAUACGAUCAAAUAAUCUAGAAGAUUCUGUGGUAAAUGCGGUUACUGAUAAAGCAAGUGUUGAAGAUAAAUAUUGGACACAUGAUGAUGUACUAAAAGCAAUUGAUAGAGGAGGGAAGGGAGCUUUUGUAUUUGGCACUAAGCCAGCCACAUAUUGGGUACUGGAUCCAAUAGAUGGCACCCGAGGAUUUCUAAAGGGAAAUGAUGCCUUAUAUGUGGUAGGUUUGGCUCUUGUAGUUGAAGGAGAUGUUGUGUUAGGUGUUAUGGGCUGCCCUAACUGGCAUUAUGGUUUUUCCAGUGAAUCCACUACUGAGGUCCAGAAAAACAGAGAAGACUUAUCAGCAUCUGGAAUCAUAAUGGUUGCUCAUAUUGGCUGUGGAACAUGGACAAAGAGGUUACCCAAUAUGCUGGAUAGCUGGACCAGAUGCUUCGUAGAUGAUUGCUGCUUAGUACACAUGGCACGCUUUUGUAUUCCAGAAAGUCAAACAUGGGAGUCAUUGCCACUCUCAGCAACAUUCACUGCCACAGCUAAUGCCAACACUAUUAAGGAUAAUCAGAUUCUUCUUUUUCCAGCAUGUUGUGGAAGGGUAUGCAGCUUAUGCAAGUAUCUAAUGGUGGCUUCAGGCAGGACUUCUGUUUUUGUUCUUCGAGCCAAAAUGCAAAAAACUAUCAAGGCUUGGGAUCAUGCUGUUGGCAUGAUAUGUGUGCACGAAGCUGGCGGAAAGGUGAGUGACUGGAAAGGUAGUCAACUGGAUCUUGCUGCGGAUAAAGAUGGACGGAGAAUUAUAUUUCCUUCAGGUGGAGUGCUUGUGACUAAUGGCAAUUUACACAACGAGAUUCUGGAGAUGAUCUCUUCCCUCUCAUCAACUGUUUGAUGGCAGAACCUCGCUGAUAUUGGAAAUCGCAUACAGAAGCUGCCUGGAGGAAACUAUGCUGAUGGCCUUUCGGUAACAUAUUUUUUACAUAAAAAAUACAUAUACCCAAUUAUUUUAUAACUUUUAUACUAUUCAAUAAAAUAAUUUAUUUUGUUGAAAUUA